GUUGGAUCGAUCGUUGAAGAUAUACAAGCGGAAGUGAAAGAAAAAUUAAUUUUUAAUUGAAAAAAAAAAGACUGCAGAACCGAUAAAGGAUUUUCUAUCAACAAAAAUUGUGGAUUAAUAAAAUAAAUAGCCGAAGGACUAAAAUAAAGAAAAUUGAAAAAAAAAAAAAACAAAAACCAGAAUGAUUAAUCAAAGAAAACUCACCGGAUGGACUUAUCUUACCAUCCUGCUUGCCCAUUGCACCAUGAUGACAUUUGCAUAUCCGCAAACAGAAAUGAUUAUGCCACGUCGUAUGGAUUUUUCCACACAAAACCAGCCCGAACCAUCAAAUCAAUUAGCACCUGUAUAUCGUGCUGACCAGCAACAACAAGUACAACAAACACUCCAGCAGCAACAACAGGAUUCAAGAAAAUUUGCCGUCAAACCAAAUCAUUCAAAGAAAGUAGAACUCGAUGAUGUAGAGAAUGAUAUUGAGGCCAAUCAAUUGCCUGAGGGUAAUGGUGCAAGUUUUACAUGGUCAAAUAUGUUAUCGACAUUUUUACAAAUGUUCUUUAAUGGUGGUGCAGCAGGUGGCGGUGGUGCAUUGGUUGGUCCCAAUAAAUCUGAUGAUGUUGAUAAUGUUGGUGGAUUUGGACAAUCGCCAUGGGCUAAUGUUAUUUCAGUUGGUUUGAAAAUUAUCAACACACUUUUGGGAGGUGGAGCACCAAGUGAUGGCAUUGACAAGGUCGACAAUGGUGGUUCUCCAAUGCAGGGUAUCUUAGCCGCGGUACUAUCAUCAGUUCUUGGCACCAAAGAUCCGGAACAAGUGAAUUCGAUGGCCAAACAAGCUGGCGAGUUCAUUAAUAUUGUUAUGAAUCUAUUGGAUGCUCUCAAGACUUCAUUCUCCCAUCGUUCUUUGGCUGCUCGUUCAAUUGGCAAACGAGACUCGAUGAGUGAUGCUACUGUAGCUGGAAUUUCAAUGCUUAAAGGAUAUGUAAGGACUUAUCGCAAUGCCGAGGACAAAUGUAUGCAAAAAUAUAUUUGUGAUGCCAAUACAGAGUGUGUUAAGGAAAUUGGUGGAACAAGCAUUUUCUGUCAAUUGGGAACUUAUGCCACAAGUUUGAUUCUUGAGCGAACAAGCGGUAGCCAAUUUGAAAAUCUAUACGAUGCUGGUAAACGUGGACGAUCUGGCUUGGAUUGCAGUCAACUUUUCUUAGAAUGUAAUGAAGUCUAA